AUGGGCAGGGAAAACCAGACCUGGAUGAGUGAGUUCAUUCUGCUGGGGCUGUCCAGAUGCUGGAACACUCAGGUCUCCCUCUUUGUCCUUUUCCUGGUCAUGUAUCUGGUGACUGUGCUGGGGAACUUCCUCAUCAUCCUCCUUAUCAGACUGGACAGCAGGCUACACACACCUAUGUACUUUUUCCUCAGUGUCCUGUCAUUUGUGGACAUCUGUUAUGCCAACAGCACCGUCCCACAGAUGCUUGUUCACUUCCUGUCAGCCCGGAAGUCCAUCCCGUUCCACAGCUGUGUGCUCCAGCUGUUUAUCUCCCUGGCCAUGGGCAGCUCCGAGUUUUUCCUGCUGGGAGCCAUGGCCUAUGACCGCUAUGUGGCCGUGUGCCACCCGCUGCACUACACAGCCAUCAUGCAUGGGGGGCUUUGCCUGGCGCUGGCUACUGGCUGCUUGGGGGCUGGCUUCAUGAAUUCACUGAUGCAGGCAGUGAUCAUCUUCCAGCUACCUUUGUGCCAUAAUGUCAUUAAUCACUUUGCCUGUGAGAUGUUGGCUGUGCUGAGGCUGACCUGUGUGGACAUCUCCUUCAACAAGGUCAUGGUGGCCAUCUCAGGAGUUUUGGUGAUCAUGCUUCCCUGUUUUCUGGUUCUGUUCUCCUAUGCUCGUAUAGUUGCGGCUAUUCUGCAUAUCCGCUCUGCCCAAGGACGCUGCAAAGCAUUUGAGACCUGUGCUUCCCACCUCACUGUGGUUUCCAUGUGCUUUGGAACAGCCAUCUUCACAUACUUGAGACCCUCUGCUGGCUCCUCAGCAGAGCAAGAGAAGAUGGUCGCUCUUUUCUACGCUGUGGUGACCCCAAUGCUAAAUCCCUUAAUCUACAGCUUGAGGAACAAGGAGGUAAUGAGCACCCUAAGAAGACUGUUGGGAAAAUUAAGUGAAAAAAGGUGA